AUGGAAAGGAAUCUUAAGAAUGUUUUGGUCAUCUCUUUUGGAUUUUUACUUCUCUUUACUGCUUAUGGAGGGCUACAGAGUUUACAGAGCAGUCUCCACUCAGAAGAAGGCCUGGGUGUUGCUUCCCUGAGUGUUAUCUAUGCUGCUCUUAUCUUCUCAUCCAUGUUCCUCCCUCCAAUCCUCAUCAAGAAGCUGGGUUGCAAGUGGACCAUCGCAAGCUCUAUGUGCUGCUACAUCACGUUCUCCUUAGGCAACUUCUACGCUAGCUGGUACACACUGAUCCCUACCUCUGUGAUCCUGGGCUUAGGAGGAGCACCGCUCUGGUCCGCCAAAUGCACUUACCUCACCAUUGCUGGCAUUUCAUAUGCUGAGAAAGCAGGAAAAAUUGGAAAAGACAUUAUCAACCAGUAUUUUGGAGUCUUCUUUUUGGUAUUCCAGUCCUCUGGAGUCUGGGGAAAUCUUAUCUCAUCCCUAAUAUUGGUCCAAUCUUCCAACAAAGUGGAGAUCUCAGAUGAAGACCUGGCCUGCUGUGGAGCACAUGACUGUACGAUGAGUGGUGCCACUAAUAUCACUGAGUCAGCAGGACCUUCAAAGUCCUUAAUCUACACGCUGCUAGGGGUCUACACUGCUAGUGGUGUGCUAGCUGUGUUGCUGAUUGUUAUAUUUCUGGACCAGAUCAAAUCUGACCAAGCAGAGACUGAGAGAGAAAUAACAAAGACACCAUCCUUUUGGUCUACGUUCCUAGCAACUUUCCAGCAACUUAAAGAUAAAAGACAGUGUCUUCUAAUCCCUCUGACAGUGUACAGUGGGUUUGAACAGGGAUUUCUUGCUGGUGACUACACAAAGACCUAUGUGACCUGUGCCCUGGGGAUUCAUUAUGUUGGCUUUGUGAUGAUCUGCUUUUCAGCUACAAAUUCCCUAUGCUCUCUGCUCUUUGGAAAGAUCUCUCAGUUCACAGGGAGAAAACUUCUAUUUGCAAUAGCUACAAUUACGAACAUUGCCAGUAUAAUAGCACUACUGCUGUGGAAACCUCAUCCUAAACAGCUGGUUGUGUUUUUCAUAUUCCCUGCUCUUUGGGGCAUAGCCGAUGCCGUUUGGCAGACACAAACUAAUGGACUCUACGGUGUUUUAUUUGAGAAACACAAGGAGGCUGCCUUUGCAAAUUACCGCCUUUGGGAAUCAGUUGGAUUUGUCAUUGCUUUUGGUUAUAGCACUUUCUUGCAAGUCUACAUCAAACUGUACAUUCUAUUGGCCGUGCUUGUGGUGUCCAUGGUGAUGUACGGAGUAGUGGAAUACAUAGAAGUCAAAAGCUCUCCUGGGACACCUACUACACCUACUACUGAAAAGGAAAAAGUAGGAUCUCUUACUCAGGAAACACGCAUGUAA